GUAUUUCGGGUGCAUCACAACGCGAGAAUUCUGUGCGUCAUGGAGCAUCCCACACUCAAAAUGCGUCAAAACGCCUCGAUCCUGCUAGACGUUCAGUAUACGCCCUCGUUUGCCAUCACCCGGACGCCCGGCUUCGGCUAUCCGCUGCGGGAAGGCAUCGAAGUGUCGCUCAAAUGCGACGUCGACUCAAAUCCACCGUCAAUGCCGGUCUGGCAGAAAGACGACGGCGAAACUCCGGUGCCGCAGACUGGCGAUGGAUUCCUCAAUUUCAGCUCCAUCCGGCGGGAACACUCCGGCUGGUACAAGUGCACCUCGCGGCAUCUCAAUUUCCAGUACUCGAGCAUUGGAUACUAUCUGAGCGUGAGAUGUGAGUAUACAGUUUGA